AAGAAAUCCUGGACUAUGAUUGGCCCCAUAUACGUUGUCCAUACUGACGGCCAUAAAUAACGACACAUGGCCUCUUACACGGCCUCUAUUUGCUUGAUAUCAGCCCCGACCCCCUAAGUCCACCAAUCAACACCCUGGCGGAUUCAAAUCACACGCGAGGUCUGUCAGUCUCAUUCAAACUUUUCGACCGGUCGCCAGGGUAAAUAGUCUUCCGCACCGUUGGAUUCCACAACGGACCCCUUUUCUUCCCCGGACCGGGCAGUUUUUCUUUCCCCCUGUUGUAUGGCUGGCGGCGACCACGGUCCAGACACACUCGCCGGUGGGGUCAGAAUUGUCCACACUUUGGUUCGAGACUGCAACGUCAUUUGCAGGAGACGUGCCACAUCACCCCCUCGCCGCUUGUUUGACGCUGAGCGGCGAAGAAGGGUCUGCAACGGUUUGGCCCCCGAUUCGCAUAGCCAUAGGCAGGUUCCUCCGCAAAGAAGGGUCUGCAACCGGUUUGGCUCCCGACUCGCAUAGCCAUGGUCAGGUUCCUCCGUCCCAAAAGGGGGAUUAAGGAGGGAGCCUUACAAAUCGCCUAGCUCGAAGACGCGUAAAGUUAGGUGAUUAU